GCCGCCCGCGCCGCCGCUUGCGCCGCCGGCUUCAUAGAGCUUCCGCCAGUGCGCUGACACAGUCGGCCGCGAGCGGCGCCCGCGCACUCAACGAGACCAGCUAUGGCGCGCUUCACACGCAAGGAGCUCGAGCAGCGCAAUCGCGCCGACGACGCGGUCAUCGUCAUCGACAACGUAGUGUACGACGUCACGCGCUUCCUUGACGACCACCCGGGCGGCGCGGAGAUCCUGCUGGACAACGCGGGCAAGGACGCCUCGCAGUGCUUCCGCGACGUGGGCCACAGCGACGACGCCAAGCUGUGGCGCGCCGAGUUCCAGAUCGGGGAAGUGGUGGCGGCGGACCGCUGGGAGGUGCUGAGCCCCGUCGAGACCGGCGCCGCGCCCGAGCCGCCCCGCCUGCAAGCCCUGCUCAGCGUGUUCGCGCCGCCGCUGCUGCUGGCCGCGCUGGCCGUGGCGCUGUACGCGCUGCUGCCCUAGCCCGCACCCACACUACGGCAACAUCGCUACGAAAGGCGCAUGCUUACGUUUCGGGUGCAGAUGCCCUUUGCAUUGUGUAUGACUGAAAACGAAAUAUCAUGCUACGACCAAUUAUUGCACCCGAAUUUCCCGAUCACCACUCCUUUACCCCCACACUUUAAUGAAGUCCAUACUAUAGUUGGAACUGGCAGUGGAAUGCAUAUCUACAGGUAUAAGCUGCGAUAGAUUACGUCUGUUGUGCGGUAGGUACGUAUUACUUAUAAGUGAAACUAAUAUUGUGUUUUUUGAACAGGUUGUGGAUACUUUGGUGAGGUUUAAAAUUAACUCGCGGAAUAAAUUGGUACCUACUUAUUACCGAUUGACUGUACCUAGCUUUAACACCUUAGUUAUAAGAUGCUGGUGAUGUAAUUAAAUAUAAUUUGAAUAUCAUACGUGUUUAA